GCCGGGGCUCCACCUUCGUCGCUGCCUGCGAGGUCCCGGCGCCCCCGGCAUCUCGUACUGGGUCUCAGGGCUCUCCGCCAUCCCGCUGAUGAGCUGCCGGUGGCCGAGGCCAGGGCGCACCGGCGCCUGAUGUCUCUCGGUCUUUCCGCCUCCCGCCGCCUGCAGUUCGCCGAGAGGUCGCAGGCCAGCGCCUCUGACCGACUGGUGCCGGGCGCAUCUAGGCCCUCCCCGCCGGGCGUGCCUGGGAAACGCGGCGCCUCCGGGGGCUCCCCACUCGGGUCAUCAUCGGGAGCUCUCGCAGUGCUCCCCUCCCCGCGCGAUGGAAAUUAUAUGAAUGACUAUUUAGGUGACAUCUUCCUGCAAGAUUUUCAAGAAUUACAGAAGACAAAAACACUAAUGAGUUUGAGAAAGUGGUGAAGUUUGGGGGGAGGGAAAAAAACUGCUUUCCUGAUCUGCAACUUGACUGGAUGUUAAGAUGUCUGUGGACAUGAACAGCCAGGGGUCUGACAGCAACGAAGAGGACUAUGACCCAAAUUGUGAGGAGGAGGAAGAGGACGAGGACCCUGGGGACAUAGAGGACUAUUACGUGGGAGUGGCCAGCGAUGUGGAGCAGCAGGGGGCCGACUCCUUCGACCCUGAGGAGUACCAGUUCACGUGCUUGACCUACAAGGAGUCCGAGGGUGCCCUCAAUGAGCACAUGACCAGCUUAGCUUCUGUCCUAAAGGUAUCUCAUUCAGUUGCUAAACUUAUAUUAGUUAAUUUCCACUGGCAAGUUGCCGAGAUACUGGACAGAUACAAGUCUAAUUCUGCUCAGCUGCUCGUUGAGGCCCGAGUUCAGCCCAAUCCAUCAAAACAUGUGCCCCCGGCCCACUCCCCUCACCACUGCGCAGUGUGUAUGCAGUUUGUGCGGAAGGAAAACCUCCUCUCUCUGGCCUGUCAGCACCAGUUCUGCCGCAGCUGCUGGGAGCAGCACUGCUCCGUGCUCGUCAAGGACGGUGUGGGUGUGGGUGUCUCUUGCAUGGCUCAGGACUGCCCACUUCGAACACCAGAGGACUUCGUGUUUCCGUUGCUGCCCAAUGAAGAACUGAGAGAUAAAUACAGGCGCUACCUCUUCAGGGACUAUGUGGAGAGUCACUACCAGCUCCAGCUAUGCCCUGGUGCAGACUGCCCCAUGGUUAUCCGGGUACAGGAGCCCAGAGCUCGCCGAGUACAGUGCAAUCGGUGCAACGAGGUCUUCUGUUUCAAGUGUCGUCAGAUGUAUCACGCCCCCACAGACUGCGCCACAAUCCGGAAAUGGCUCACGAAGUGUGCAGACGACUCUGAAACAGCCAACUACAUUAGUGCCCACACUAAAGACUGUCCCAAGUGCAACAUCUGCAUUGAGAAGAACGGCGGCUGCAAUCACAUGCAAUGCUCCAAGUGUAAACACGACUUCUGCUGGAUGUGUCUAGGAGAUUGGAAGACCCAUGGCAGCGAGUACUAUGAGUGCAGCCGGUACAAGGAGAACCCCGACAUCGUCAACCAGAGCCAGCAAGCCCAGGCCAGGGAGGCCCUCAAGAAGUACUUGUUCUACUUUGAGAGGUGGGAAAACCACAACAAGAGCUUGCAGCUGGAGGCACAGACAUACCAGCGGAUUCACGAGAAGAUCCAGGAGAGGGUCAUGAAUAACCUGGGGACCUGGAUCGACUGGCAGUACCUCCAGAAUGCAGCCAAGCUCUUGGCCAAGUGUCGAUACACCCUGCAGUACACGUAUCCAUACGCCUACUACAUGGAGUCCGGGCCCAGGAAGAAGCUGUUUGAAUACCAGCAGGCUCAGCUGGAGGCUGAGAUCGAAAACCUGUCGUGGAAAGUGGAGCGGGCGGACAGCUAUGACAGAGGGGACUUAGAGAACCAGAUGCACAUAGCAGAGCAGCGGAGGAGAACGCUGCUGAAGGACUUCCAUGACACCUAGACUGGGACUCGGGCGUGCCGGCGUGAGGACGAUGUGGCUGCGAGGUCUCUCGGCUGCCGUGCUGGAUGCUGCAGGCUCCCUGCCUCUCACGACCCCAGGCAACAGCCAGGACCCCACUCCUGAGAGACACUGGCCACACACCUCUUAGUCGAUUUCUGGUUUUUUUUUUCCCCUCCUCUUUUUGCUUUUUGUUUCCACCAGGGUAGAGGCCCCGUUGAAUUGGCCUCUUCUCAGGACCGUCAGUUCCCCCUGGAUAGUUGCUGGGAGGGAAGGAAAGUUUUUCUGAAUGACUAUUAAUAGUAUUAGAUCAUUACAACUUAUGUAAUUUUCAAAGGUUGUACAAUUAUACAAAAAAAAAAAAAAAAAACCGGGGGGCAAACAAACCAUAGAAUGACACAGAACCCUUUUUAAAAAUAAACUGGCAUUGGAGUGUUUUA